AUGUGUUCCGAGACCAACAAGAUAUUCGUUGGUGCAUUUUUUGGACAAGAAUUCCAAAAAAAGUGUAUGCCUUGGAAGCUUUUAAAAAAAGUCACAAGUGAUUUCUGCUAUCAAGAGAUCUGUCAAGGAAAACCUAAAUGGCCAACUGAUGACUACCUUACCGAAGAUAUAAAAGCAAAGAUCCAAACCUUCUGUGAACCUUGGAAGAAGAAGCUGGGGAAGAAAGUGAACAUGAAGACAUUAUCUGCUGAUCCUGGGUCUUUCGUACCCUUUUUGUUAUCUUUGAACGCAGAAUUUGAGAGAGAACACGAUGAUCAUAAGUCAUUUGACGUAAGACGACGUCCUCUCCCAAAACUGUUAUCCUUACUGCCAAAGGUUUCUGUUCACUGGAGGUUUAUUACCUUGAGUGUGAACGCUCUGUCUUCUUUUGUGAAACGUUCUUUACCCCGCAAUUACCAAAGCCAAUUAGAGCUGUUUUUCCAUGUCUUUGAUUUCAAGAAACUCCGGUACAAAAGACAACAAUCUGGCCAUGGUGCCUCCUUCCAAAAAUUGGAUCGCACUCUUGAUGAUUUCUCUCUGGAUGAAGUUGACAAUACUUAUUUACCUAUUACCCUGGAUCCCGGAAGAAAGUCUGUUUUUAUUGCUGCUAUUGGCCUUGAAUAUAACAGACAAGUGCGAAGAUGCACUACAUCCGAAUACUAUCAUAUGGCAGGGUCAACGAAAUAUUGUAAGAAAUUGAACAGUAUGAAAGCUGUUACAGGAAUAGAUCUAGUAGAAAGUCAAAUCCCCUCGUCAAAGACCUCUCGUCUAGGAGUAUAUGAGGCGUUCACCAGUUAUAUGCUCAAUAACUUAGACGCUCUCUUUAGUUUUUAUGGACAUGAAACAGCAAAGGACCGGUUUACGUUGUACCAAGGAAGGCAAAGAGCACCCGAAACUAUGGCCAACAUCCCACCUCGAUAA